CUUUCAGGUCAGGCAGGGGUCAUGUUGAUCUGGGGCAAGUGUCAGCUGUGACAGUGUGGGAAGAUGUCGACGCAUAUUCUGCACAAAAGCGUUAAAUUUACGGGCAUUUGGAGGCCCAGACGUCCACAAUGUUCUCUCUUGGAGCUGACAAAGCCGUGCCGCACGUUUUCAACAAGCAGAAGACAACAUGGAGUAGACCUGAAGCCAGAGGGAGUCCAUCUGACCCACAGUUACUACCACAACCUGACCACCACCCCUCUCCAGGGCAUCACCAUUGGUCAGAAACUACAGCAGACUGUCCAGAAGUUUCCUGACAGGGAGAUGCUGGUCUUCAAGAGGGGAAACAUUCGCAGAACUUACGAACAAUUCUUUGAAGAGUGUGACAGGCUUGCUGCUGGUUUUGUUGCCCUGGGUCUGAAGAAGGGAGACAGAGUGGGGAUGUGGGGACCCAACACUCUGGAGUGGGUGCUGACACAGUUUGCAACAGCCAGGGCUGGCCUGAUCUUGGUCAACAUCAAUCCAGCCUACCAAGUCCAUGAACUAGAGUAUGCUCUGAGAAAGGUUGGUUGCCGUGCCAUAGUGUCAGCCACCGCCUUCAAGACUCAGGACUACUACAAGAUGCUUCACCAGAUCUGUCCUGAGCUGGAGAGCUGCAACCCUGGGGAGCUGAAAACUAGAAAUUUGCCCAUGUUGGAAACAGUCAUCAUGCUGGGUGAGGAGAAGUUUCCAGGAACCUACUCCUUCCCGGAAGUGCUGGACAUGGGGGACCACGCCCACAUGAGGACUGUCCUGGAGAUGCAGGACAAGCUGCAGUUUGAUGAUCCAAUCAACAUCCAGUUUACAUCUGGAACAACAGGGAACCCCAAGGGAGCCACCUUAACUCACCACAACAUUUUGAACAACCAGUGGUUCAUCGGACAUCGACUGGGAUUCCAUGAGAAGCACCAUAAGAUCUGCAUGCCUGUGCCACUGUACCACUGUUUUGGCAUGGUGGGCGGUGCCCUGGCAGCGGGGGUGUUUGGGACCACCGUAGUCACUCCUGCCCCAAGCUUUGAACCAGAACCUUGUCUACAAGCCAUUCAGGAAGAAAGUUGCACAGCUAUAUAUGGGACCCCCACUAUGUUCAUCGACAUCCUUCAUCAUUCCAAUUUUGACAAUUACGAUUUGACAAGUCUUAACACUGGAAUUAUGGCCGGGUCACCCUGUCCUAUUGAGAUUAUGAAACAGGUGGUUUCCAAAAUGCACUGUCCUGAAGUGUGUAUUGCCUAUGGCACAACAGAAAACAGCCCAGUGACCUUCAUGGGAUACAUGGCAGACAGUUUGGAGAGGAAAGUGGGGACCAUAGGACAGCCGUUUCCUCAUGUGGAGGUUAAGAUAGUGGAUACGGAUGGGCGUGUGACACCUGUGAACACCCCAGGAGAGCUGUGCACACGUGGCCCUGGCACCAUGCUGGGGUACUGGGACGACCCCGAAAAGACUGCAGAGGUCAUCGGAUCAGACAGGUGGUACAUGACCGGAGACAUCGCUGUUUUGGAUGAGGAGGGUUAUGGACAGAUAGUGGGGAGAAUCAAGGACAUGAUCAUCCGCGGAGGAGAGAACAUCUACCCUCGGGAGAUCGAGGAGUUCCUCUACACACAUCCCAAGAUUGAGGAUGUACAGGUAAUUGGAGUUCCUGAUGAGAGGAUGGGGGAGGAAGUUUGUGCCUGGAUCAAAUUGAGGGAAGGAGAAAACAUGGAGGAGGAGGAGAUCAGGGCCUUCUGCAAGGGAGAGAUUUCCCAUUUCAAGAUUCCGAGGUACAUCAGAUUUGUGUCGGAAUUUCCGCUGACAGUAACUGGAAAGGUCAUGAAGUUCAAGAUGAGAGAACAGAUGACCAAGGACCUGGAUCUGCACAUGUGGGGGUGAUCCCUUGUAAUGGAUGAAAAUGACAGAAACAAAAGUGCAAGAAAUGUUACAACUUCCGGUCUACAACUUCACAACAGUUUUUACAACUUCUGGCUUGGUUACUGUGGCAGCAGUUGCUAUGGCAGCAUCACCCUUGUCUCCAACCUUUGCCAACAGUUCCCUAAGCCUGGCAACUUUGGUCUUCUCAGUCUCAUACUGAACCUUCAACACCUAAUGUUGCGGCAGAUGACAGUCAGCUUCUUAAGUAAAAUAUUGCUGAUAAAACUACAUCUUAGCAAUCUAUGUGCAAGCAUGUCUAAUCCUCAUGUGAUGGAGCCAAAUUUUCAUCAUCCCCAUGUAGUUAUACCAUUGCAUGGCACUUCAUUAUAUUGUAAGCAUGGUUUAGAUUUCACUAUUGACUGAACAGAGUUGCCUUACGAAAUAUCCAGAUAAAGCUUCAUCAAAUUCCUGUGGGUCCUGCCAGAAACAGAGGCUUCAGAGUGCUUGAAUGUUCAGGAAAUAAGAAGGAAAAUCAGGCAAUAUACUCUUAUGAAAAUAGUGAUAAGUAGAUGAAAUAGAAGAUUUCUACAGUUUUUUACAUCAUGUAUAAUGGAGUCUGUUUUAUAAUCCUAUCAUACUGAUCAUGAACACUGAAUCUCUUCUGGAAAUAUUAAGUAGAGAAAGUUGCUAGCUGUGUUUUACCGGUAGUUUUCAUGAUUAUGUAGAAGGACAAUGUACCUUUUUAUAUCAUGGCUCUUUAAAACUAACUAAUACAACUGUAUAACUGUUUGACCACUAUUCACAAAGAAUUGUGUAAUGUUAGGCACAUAAUAUAUGAUUGAGUGGCCCCUUGCUGUUAAUGGGGGGGGGUGCUAUGUACCAAAAGAUUCAUUGCUAUGAUUAAUUUCAUUGUUAUUGUGAUUUAUUUGAUUAAAUGAAUGGUGUGGUUUUAAAAAAUGAUGAAAUAUUAACUAUAAAUUUUUAUCAAAAUGUCAAA